UCUGUUCGAUUUGUCCUCGGAGUGUCUCGGAAGCGCUCGGAACCUCUCGCUCGCGCUCGGCAGCUCUCGGCGACUCGGGGAAACAGCGGCUAAACAGUGCAACAGUGACGGAUGGCACGCCGUGGACGCUUUCGGAGAGAGCUCGCUGUGUGAUUUCUGGCCGACUCGAGCAGGGCAGAUAGCUGAGGAGGCUCGUCAGACGGCCGUGUUUACUCGGUGACUGGAGCUAUCGGCGGUGGAUCUGUUCCUUAUCUAGCUUAUCCUGUAUCUUAGUUAUCUAUCUGUCUGUCAGCGACUCGGACUCGUUUCUGGCUUUUGUUUGAUUUUAUUUAGCUUUACUUCUACAAGAAGAAGAAGGAGAACAAGAAGAAGAGAAACUGGCGAGAGAGAGAGAAAGAGAGAAAUAUCUCCGGGAGAGGACGUUACGUUAUUUCGUAAUUUCGUUCUACUUAGCUAACUAGCUAGUUAUGUUUAUAACCAGAGAAAGGAAGGAAGUUUUUUCCCCUUUCUCUUCAGUUUUUUUCCUUUCUCUUCUGUUUGUUGGUUUUUAGCUUAUCUAAGAAAGCUAAGCUAGGUUUGGUAGCUAAGGAAGAUUGCAGUUGCUGCUGCUGUUUGUUGCUACGGCUGCUGCUGCUGUUGUUGUUAGCUAGCGUUAAUGUUAGCUUAAUGUUGUUUUCUUAUUGUUUUAACUAGCUAAACAGGUUAACUAGCUUUGCGUUAGCUAGCUAGGUUAGCUGACUAACUAGUUAUCUUAACUAACUGCAUAGCUAAUAAGGUUUCUUUAGCUGGUUAAACAUGUUCGUUUGUUGUCUUCGCUAGGUGGCUAACUAACGUUACCUCCUUCCCUAGUCUCUCUCUUUCUGUGACUGGGUGACUGAGAGACUGAUAAAGAGAGAGAAAGAAAGAGAGUGAGGGAGGGAGUGAGAGAGUGAGGACAAGAAGAGGAGGGUCAGGUUUUUAUUUUUAGCUCCUCCAGAACGCUAGUUAACUAGCUGGGGUUAGCUAGCUUGCGUUAGUUGCAAAGUGAAACGAGGAUUUUUCACCAUUCUUCCUUCCUCCCUUGCUCAGAAGCCAGACUGUGUUGUUGCUCGCGUAUCAGGGGAAGAGUGAGGACGGCUCUAUAAAUAGCUCCAAAGAGAGGGAGAGAAACUACAUCGACGUUAGCCAGCUAGUAUCAUUUUCUCUCGUGUGCCCCCUCUCUCUAUCUAUCGCUCUCUCUCCUCAGUCUGUGUGUGUGAGUGUGUGUGUUUUUUGCCGCCUUCUCUCAUAUAUGGAGGGCUGUGGGGGAGUCAAUGGAGUCCGCUCACUCGCUCCGCGCUUCUGUAUUGUUCCUAAACAGAGACGCUUCAGUGGAUUAUACUAGCCAUAGCGAGCUACAAAACUGAAACUUGAACUGGGAGCACGCCGAUAUUGAGACGUGUCCUCUUUUUUGUGUGGAUUUUUUUUGUUGUGUGCAAGAAAAAAGGAGAAAGAACCGAGAGGAUUGGAGAGAAGGAAGGAAAGAAAGAAAGGGCAUAACUGGUCCUGGCUCUUGCUUUUUUGAAUUACAUUUAUUUUUUUUCUUCUCCCGUGGAUUACUAGGAUAUACUGUGAUUAUAGAUAUGCUAUUACAGUUAUUGUAUUAGUAGUAGAAGAAAAAAACAAAAAACAAGUCAACUGGCAUGGACAAGGAUGGUCAAAUCAUCUCACGGCGGCUAGGAGGAUUAAACACACGGAGGAUCAUCAUCAUCAUACCCACCGCCACCGCAUCGCCACAGACAAUGAUUCGGUUUCAGCCGCCUGACGAGAAGCAUCCGAGCCACCCCGAGCUCGUGUGGAUGGAAACAAAGUGUUAGUGCUAGCGCUAGUUUUCAGUUUUCGCCCCGAAGAAAAGAAAAAAAAGCGGAGACGGAGAAAGGAAGGAAGGAAUUAAACCCUAAGGCAUUCCUACGGAUUCGCUACAGUGUUUUAAAAAAAGAGAGAGAGAGAGAGAAAGAGAGAAAUCACGCCUCCGCUGGUUUACACUGCGUUGUUCCUCUCAGUCUGCUGGCUUUCUCCGUGAUUUUUCUAUAUUUGUUGCUUGCUUUACUACUGAAGGAAUCGUUCAUCCACCUUCUUCAACCGACAACCAACCUACCCACCUACCUUCCUUCCUAAGUACCUGCCUAACUACCCCCUCUCAGAACCCUCUGCUCGGUUCUGAUACCGAUCGAGGAUCUCGACAUGCCCUACGCUGACGAGCCCAUCGGCGGACGAUUAUGACUACAGCAGCGAACUGGGUGGCUAACGGGGCGAGCCUUGAAGACUGCCAUUCCAACCUUUUCUCUCUGGCGGAGUUGACCGGCAUUAAAUGGCGGUGCUACAACUUCCGCGGUGGCGGCGAGUACGGGCCGGUGAUUUCAGCGCCGGCGCAGGACGACCCGGUGCUGCGCAGCUUCACGUGCUGCGUGCAGGCCAACCUGCUGUGUGUGUGGCGCCGCCGCGUCAAGCCUGAUGCCAAGGAGCUGUGGAUCUUCUGGUGGGGCGACGAGCCCAACCUGAGUGACAUCAUACACCAUGAGCUCGAAAUGGUGGAAGAAGGUCUGUGGGAAUGCGGGCUGUCCUAUGAGUGCAGGACACUCCUCUUCAAGGCCAUUCAUAAUCUACUGGAAAGAUGCCUAAUGGAGAAGGACUUUGUGCGAAUCGGCAAGUGGUUCGUCAAGCCUUAUGAGCUGGAUGAGAAGAACCUCGGCACCAGCAGCAGUGAGCACCUCUCCUGCUCCUUCUCCUUCUUCCUGCAUGGUGAGAGUAAUGUGUGCACCAGUGUGGAGAUCGCUCAGCACCAGCCUGCCUACCACAUCACUGAGGAGCAUGUGCGCCUGGCCCAGACCUCCAGCAGCCCCAUACAGGUGAUCCUGAGUCCGUAUGGGCUGGGGGGAACUCUAACUGGACAGGCCUUUAAGAUGAGUGAUCCAGCAGUGAGGAAGCUGAUGGAGGAGUGGAGCCACUUCUACCCCAUGGUGCUGAAGCGCAAGGAAAAUGAGCGGGACGAGAGCAACCCCACCUACGACUCCCACAGCCACGUCGCUCUGGAAGUCAUUGUUGGUGGAGUAAGGAUGAUUUAUCCAGCAGCCUUUGUGCUCGUUGCUCAUGCUGAUCUGCCAGUAGAGCAGCCUCCGCCUGCUCAGGGCGCUCAGAGCGGCACCAGAGACUCCUCCAACUGCGGCAUCCCCCUCACACCCCCCACCUCGCCGGAGCAGCCCUGCUCAGGUGAUAGUGGAUUUCAGACUGCGGUCUCCAGUGUUGCUAGCCAUGAGUGUGGCCCAGCCCAGAGCCCAAAGCACACCGAGAAGAAGCUGACCAAUCAGAUGGUCCAUCAGGCCUGGAAGGAAUGCUAUGUGAACCAGUUACAUCAUAGAUGCAGUCUCUCCAACAGCAUGACGCCCAAGAAGGAGGUGUCAAACGGACUGGCCACGUGGGACUUCACUGACCCUGGGGAGAGAGCCCCCUGCAGCUGCUCCAGGUUGAGGCAGCAGGCGAAGCAGCAGCAGGCGAGCGGAUCCUGUGCCAACCCACAACCCGGUGCCAACCCGUCCUCCUGCCCCGCCUCCUCCGCCCCCUCCUUACCCCCGCCCUCCAUACCCAAACACAAACCUGCGGACAAACCCGACAAAUCCGAUAAGGGUCCUAAACGUGUGGCCAUAACCCCCUUCCACCACCGUCUGUCCGUGGAUCAGCAGCAGUGUCCGGAUCAGGACCCCCCGGCCGGUUCUCAGCUGGCUCUCGUGCCUCUGGACCCUCCGCUGGAUUCCCUGCCCAGCUGCAAAUACCCCAAGCCCAUGUCGUCAAUCAGGAAAGGCCCCGAAUCCCUUCUCCACUCUCCGGUAUCACCGCUGCCCCCUACGCUGAGCCCGCACCCAAGGGUUCAGGACCCUGAAGCCAUGGAGGCCCCUGUGGGCUUGCCCCAUUGCUUGGAGGGGCCCCCAAUGCCCCCGCCUCCGGAGAUGAGCGAGACGGCACUGUACACGGCUUCCCUGGUGCCCCGAGACGCUGGCGGGGGCUGGUGGAAGAGCUACAGGAAUCCCAGGGUAGACAAGGCCGAGUUCAAGCCUUCAGAGCUGCCCUGUGAUUUACUGGAGAGCAAACUGGAAAGCACCGGUGAAGGAACCGUACUGAAGAGGCUUUAUGCACAUACGCACAAGCGGUUUAAGAUUUCAGAGGAGCGGCUGAGGGAGCAUAUCAGCACCCUGGGUUUCCUGCAGCAGCCUGGAGUCGAGGGGCUCACGGACCCUGGAGAUGAUCCAUAUGACUUCAAGGAAGGGGACAUAGAGUACAGCUUCCCCACAUCCAAAAGACUCAAGGGCCCGGGACGUGAUCCCAACCGGAAAUCAAAGGGAGAAGAGAUGAACAGCAACAAUGCAGUGCCUGAAGGAAAAGAUGCCAUGUCCAUUUUUAGCUCUGCUCCUAAAUCCGAGGAAUUGGCUCAGGAUGAGUCUGGAGCCAAGGCCAACCCGCCUCUUACAAGAGAGAAAGAUCUGAUAGUGCUCAUCUCUGACCUGGAAAACAUCUUCGGAGAAGAGGAAGAUGAAUUGGGGACCACUUUUCCUAACCAUCAGCAGUCAACCAAGACUGUGGCCCCAGGAGCGGAAGAGCGCCCUCAAGGGAUCGAUGGAAGAGUAGCAGUGCCAUAUCCCUCAACAGUAGCAGAGCUUCAGCGAAUGUUUCCCACUCCACCCUCACUGGAGCAGCACCCUGCGUUCUCCCCCAACAUGACCUACCGUGACACUCCCAGCCAAGAGCCCCCGGCCCCCUCGGCUGGCGUGGAACACCCCCUCAGUGCCCAUGCCAACAGCCAGCUCAACGACUUCAAGAUGGAGGUGGAGGAUGGCAUGAGCAGCCCCAAAGCAGAAGAUGCUCGGGACUUCUCAUAUGUGUACCGUGUCCCCUCCGUCCAGCCACAGUUGGGCUGUUCCAUGUUCGCCCCUCUGCGAGCCCUUCCCAGCCAGUGCCUCCCGCCGCUGAAGAUCCCAGAGCAGUGCUACUACAGGCCUUCCUGGGCCCUGCUGCCCAAGAUGGAGCACUACUGCCUCCCAGCCCAGGCCCCGUUCUUACGGGAUGGAUAUGUAAACGUGCCCAGCAUCAGUACGCUCCAGGACCAGGACUACAGCCAGAUGAGCACCUGCACCACGUCUGUAGGCACGGUGGGCGGAGUCCUCCCUUCCCCGGCCACGCCUCGCUUCUCCGUCCCCACACCACGAACGCCCCGCACCCCCCGAGGCAUGGGCACGGCCAGUGGACAGGGUUCUGUCAAGCAGGACGGCACUGAGCUGAGUUCCCCCGCCUCCACCCCCUCGGCCAGCCUGCCGCUCAGUUCCGUGGAGCCGGCAGCGUGCGGGCCGGCUUUACCGGAGGCCCACAGCCUCUACGCCAUCCUGCUGCUGUCCGACUCCGUCCUGGACGUUUUCAAGGACCGCAACUUUGACAGCUGCUGCAUCUGCGCAUGCAACACAAACGUGAAGGGUGCAGACGUGGGCGUGUACAUCCCGGACUCCACGCGCGAGGACCAGUACCGCUGCAUGUGCGGCUUCAGCGCUAUCGCUAACCGCAGGCUGGCACACGGCGCCGGCCUCUUUCUGGAGGAUGAGUUGGACAUCUUUGGCCGUGGCUCGGAGGCGGGUCGUGCUGCGGAGAGAAGACUGGCGCUGUGCAGGAGGGAGCUUCCGGCCGGAGCUACGAGGAGGGGCACGCAGGAGCCGCCCAUGUCCGUUUUAGGGCUGAUUCAGGAACAGUGCUCCCAGCCCAUCACCUCUUUGGCCUCGCUGCAUAAGCCUGCUGCUUGCUCUUGCCGGAGCAGACAGGGGGCGCUCUUGCAGAGCUGGGCGGCUGAUCGGCUGUGGGCGGACAGCAUUGACGCGUGUGUGGAGUGCUAUAAUGCACUGGUGCAGGGGCUGCAGUAUGUGGACAAUGCGACAGGAGGGAAGGUAGAGCAGGCUUUGGUGAGGAGCACCGCCCUGCACUCAUGGCCUCAUACGAAUGUGUUGGACAUCAGCAUGCUCUCCUCUCAGGAUGUGGUGCGGAUGUUGCUGUCCCUACAACCCUUCCUACAAGACGCCAUUCAGAAGAAACGCACUGGUCGGACCUGGGAGAACAUCCAGCACGUUCAGGGGCCGCUUACAUGGCAGCAGUUCCAUAAGAUGGCAGGACGAGGCUCAUAUGGUUCAGAGGAGUCUCCAGAGCCUCUUCCUAUCCCCACACUGCUGGUGGGCUAUGACCGGGACUUCUUAGCCCUGUCCCCUCUGGCGCUACCCUUCUGGGAAAAACUGCUUCUGGAGCCUUAUGGGGGUCAGAGGGACGUGGCAUAUUUGGUUCUUUGUCCCAAUAAUGACCCCAUAAUAAACGGAGCCAGAGCCUUCUUCCAGGAACUCAGUGCGGUCUAUGAGUCGUGCCGUCUUGGAAAGCAUCGUCCGCUGGGCAGGGUAUCCAGAGACGGUAUAGUGCCUGUGGGAGUGGAUGAAGCUGAGAAGCUGGAGGAGGAUUUGGUGGAUGAGUGGCUCACUGGACCGUGGUCUGGACAGCACCAUGAAGAUCAUCUCAGCAAACUCAAGCUUUAUGCCCAAACCUGCAAACAGAGACUAGCUCAACAGCUCUCAGUCUUGUCGUUGGACAGCAGUCUCCUUCUACUCCCAAAGCCUCAGCCGAGCCCAGCUCCCACCCAGCCUGCUCAGUCUACCCCAUCCAGCCAGCCCACCCCUGAGGCAGACGCAGCAGCAGCAGCAGCAUCGGCAGCAUCAGCAGCAGCAUCGGCAGCAUCAGCGGCAGCGUCGGCAGCUCCCGCUUCAGGCAGCACACCCACACCCACGAGUACCACCAGCGCAGCCCAGGCCGCUUCUGCUGAGCAGGGACAGAGCGAGACCAAAAACGUCCCUAACUCUACCCUCAACCCAAACAACCAACCAGCAGAGAGUAAUGAGAAUAAUUCUGCAGAGCGGGAGCGAAUCGGCAUUCCAACAGUGGCAGACUCAGCGGACAGCCACGUCCACCCUCCAGCCAUCGUGCUGUACAUGGUGGAUCCCUUCCUGUGCUCUGGGACGGGGAUGGGGCCAGGAGAUGAUGAGGAAGCAGAGGAGGUGGAGUCAGGCAGUGUGUGGCUGCUGUCUCUGUUGCGCUGCUUUUCGGACAUGCUGAGCAUGCUGCCGGAGAACCUGCAGCCAGCGGUGGUGCUGCAGGUGGUGCCGUGUCAGUAUCUGCUGCAGCCGGCCAGUGGAGAGAGUCCUCUGUACCUGCAGCACCUGCGCUCUCUGGCUUUCUCCGCCCACUCGCAGUGCAGACGCCGGCUGCCCACACAGACGCAGAUCAAAUCACUCACAGGAUUCGGCCCAGCCGCCACUGUCGAAUCUCUGCUCAAGAGCCCAGAGAACCCCAGCUCUAUGCAAGUGUACUCUCCUCCGUUCAUCCUGGGCCCUACUCGUAGUAAGCAGCCAGAGGCAGGAGAGGUGUGCUCAGAUACUCCUGCUCGAAACAACGUGCUCUUUGUGGGCUACUGCUUAUCCCACGACCAGCGCUGGAUCCUGGUGUCCUGCACUGACCAGCAGGGGGAGCUUCUGGAGACCUCUAUUAUCAACAUAGAUGUCCCCAACAGGUCUCGUCGUCCCAAGUUCUCUCCACGUAAAAUAGGCCUGAAGAAAGUGUGGGAGUGGUGCAUCAGCAUUAUCCAAAUGACAGCAGUGCCAUGGAGGAUUGUAAUUGGCCGUCUGGGUCGGUUAGGUCAUGGAGAGCUGAAAGACUGGAGCCUCCUGCUGGGUGAACACUCUCUGCACUCCAUCAGUAAGCAGCUGCGUGAAGCGUGUCGCAUGUGUGGAAUCUCAGCUGCUGAUUCCCCAUCCAUCCUCAGUGCCUGCCUCGUGUCUAUGGAGCCCCAGGGGUCCUUUGUGGUCAUGCCAGAUGCAGUAACCAUGGGUUCAGUGUUCGGACGCAGCACAGCCCUGAACCUGCAGACGUCUCAGCUGAACACUCCACAGGACGCAUCCUGCACCCACAUCCUGGUCUUCCCCACUUCUUCCACCACUCAGGUGGCUCCCAGCUCCUACCCCACCGAGGACAAUCCAGAUGACAUGUUUGGCCUGCCGUUCCCGGACGAGCUGGAGAACGACAUUGGGCACGAUAUGAUGUUCUUUACGGGGAACCUGCACCCUUCCCCCAACACCUCGCCUGUGCCCUCCCCUGGAUCUCCCUCCGGCAUGGGGGUGGGCUCCCACUUCCAACACACACGGAGUCAGGGAGAGCGCUUGCUGUCCCGCGAGGCUCCUGAAGAGCUGAAGCAGCAGCCUCUGGCUCUAGGCUAUUAUGUCUCCACCGCUCAGGCUGAAGGGCUUCCUCACUGGUUCUGGGCCUCCUGUCCUCAAGCGCAGAAUCAGUGUCCACUGUUCCUCAAGGCUUCUCUGCACCAUCAUAUCUCCAUAGCUCAGACAGAUGAGCUGGUCUCCAGCAAGACGUCUCAGAGGAGCCCACAUCCACUGGACUCCAAAACCACUUCAGAUGUGCUCAGGUUUGUGCUGGAGCAGUACAACGCCCUCUCCUGGCUAACUUGCAACCCUGCCACCCAAGACCGCCGCUCCUGCCUUCCUGUGCACUUGGUCAUCCUCAUCCAGAUGUACAAUGCCAUCCUGAACAUCCUAUAGGACUACUGGAGAGAGGCCAGUCAGCUGGGUGCACAGUACUGUCGUCCCCUUCUGAAAUGUAGCCGCCGUUAGCCGCCGCCCUUUUUGGCUGAAAAAGUGGAACUUCUGGUCUACCUUUGCACUGCCUUUUUUGCGUAGGCUUGGCUAUGGCGUCCCUCGCACGACUGCCUCGAGCUUUAGGCUCCAGCAGCAGGCGAGGAAAAAGCAGCUUGUACUCUCCGUGGAAGGCGGUGGUCAGUUUGUCGGAACUGAUGUUUGCAUUUGACCAUCUCUGAAAUAAGCCUAGUACAAUCACUACCCUUUAACUCUCUCAGCCAUACGACGCGCUUCUUACGCCACGUGGUCCGAGCUGGAGAAACGGACGGGAAUGUGGAAUCCUGCACAUUUGGACCGAAUUUCAAGUGGCAGCCAUGCUUUCUGUUUUUCUUGUUCUUCUUCUCCCCCUCCAGAAGAUCCAGCCCAGUCUCCCCGAGGAGGAACACAGCUGUGUGACAUUGUGUAACAACACUAUGAUGAACGAAGCUGAGAACUUUAGCCAUGAUCAACUUAUCCUCCUUAUUCACGUCUCUACGCAAACUUUGACGAGCAUCCAUGCCACUGCUGGUAGAGCAUUAAGAGAGUCUACAGAGACGUUCUGGUCCUGGUUCAGCCGCAGCAGUUUGUCCACAUGCUCUGAAGACUCACCGAAUGUCACACAGCCACUUACUUACACUAUGGCCUAAUCCGAUAUGCAAAGUCUGAAUCUGAACUGUUAUAAGACUCUGUCCAUUUCUGUCCGUUUCCUCUCAACUGCCCGUGAUGCAUUUCAGCCCCAGAGGGGUAACCUGACACACGCCAGAAGAACCCGGGCUGAUUUUACUCCACAACAUCCUUUUAUUCAUCAUGUUAUUCUUAUUUUUUUACAUCUUUGUAAACUAUUGUACAGAGCUCCUCUAAAGUGUCGCUCUCAGUUUGCAUUCAAAGUUGAACACUCGAGAGACGGCGACUCAAUAAUGGCACUUUCAACUCCCUCACUUUUGUUUCUUUUGAAGAGUCAAUUUUAUUGUUGUAGAUAAAUUGCCAACGAAUAUUUGACAAUGAAAUCAAAAAGAUGAAAAGUGUAUUUGUUCAUAGUGUAAAGCUGACUUUGCAGAGAACUAUUUUUAUUAAUGAAAGCAAAAAUUUAAAUAAAAAAAAAUACAAUCAAGGCCUUUUUUCCAAAUUCAAAUUGAAAGCCUUGAGCUCAGAAAUGUUAUCUCUAAUUUUAAAGAUGAGAAUUGUAACAGAAAAAGUUGAAAUGCCAUAUUUAUAUAUUAUAUAUCCCAUUGUAUAAUGACAUAUAUAUCAUAUCUCUUUCAAGCCACCACAGAUGGGGAAUAUUGUGGUAGGGGUUUACAUACAUACAUACAUGCAUACAUACAGGCACACACACACACAAACACUCACACACACAUUCAUACACACAAAUCUUUAUAAAAGACAGACAAAACAGUAUAAAAGUUUAUGAAAUUAAUGCAUUAAGUUGCAUAUUUACUUUUUUAUUUACACGUUGGUCUUGCCUUUUAAUUUAAUGAGCUAAGUUAAUAACUAAGCAACGCAGAAAAAGAUAUAUUUAUGAAAGUGUUUUCUUUUACUGCAAAAUAAACUUGAAAUAGGCAAUAGAUUUAAUUCAGUGUAUUUGAGCAUAACGCAUAUUGUAUAUUUAACUAAUAUGCAUUAUUUGCAAGGCAGUUUUGAAAGAUGUCAAGAAGAAGAUUAAAAAAAGAACAAUGUUAAAGCAUUGAAAAAGGUCUGUUGCUCAUUCAUGUUCAUUCAGUUUGCCCUGUAAUUUGUAUACUCCCUUGCAUGUUUGUAAAUACACUUUUCAGCAGUGUUUUUUCAAAUUUCUGAAAGCUGUACAUUUCAUGCCAGUUCUGAUUUAUUUUAUUCAAUAUGACUCCUAUGAAGUUUUUUUUCUCUUUCCUAUUUUGCCUUUUUUUAAAAUAUAAAUAUAAAGUAUAUCCACCUCAUUCAAAUACAGCCAAGGGUGCAUUGCCAAGACAUAUGUAUACUAAGGACAAAUACUUUGGGGCAGGUUUGUUACACCUACCAUCAUUUUGAAUAUCAGACAGAUCUGUCUCUGGGAAGAGAUCUGUAUCUUUUACACUUUUUUUAAGUAAAUUAUUCAAAUCUGAAA